AUGGCCUCAGAGCUGAAUCCAUUCGAAGCCAUUGGAUCUGCCUAUCUAGAACUAGGUGAACAGGAUUCACCGCGAUGGAAGCGACAGCAUAAAAUGAAAUCCGCGGCAGACCAGCUCCUUUACUUUGGAGUUUCCAAUUUCAAGCACGCCAAGCCUGACCUCACUUUGCAUCGAGGAACCAGCGCCAACGCACCUGUGGUGGCAAAGAGCAAACACCUCAAGCUCUCUAGUCACUUCAAAUUAGCCUUGGAAGAUUUUGAUGAUGUGGAUUUUAUUCAGUGGGAGGAUAUGACCAGGGAGUCUUAG